AUGUCUGAAUUUGAUAAAUACACUACACCUCUAUCUUCCCGUUAUGCAUCCAAAGAGAUGUCUCAAGUGUUCUCUUUAAGAAACAGAUUUUCUACUUGGAGAAAGUUAUGGUUGAACUUGGCCAUUGCUGAAAAGGAAUUGGGUCUAGAUGUCAUUACUGAUAAGGCAAUCCAAGAAAUGAGUGAUCAUCUAAAGAUCACCGAUGAGGAAAUUGCGGCAGCAUCUGCUCAAGAAGCGAUUGUCAGGCACGAUGUUAUGGCCCAUGUUCAUACUUUUGGUGAGACUUGUCCAGAUGCCGCUGGUAUCAUUCAUUUGGGUGCUACUUCCUGUUUCGUUACCGACAAUGCUGAUUUAAUCUUCCUAAGAGAUGCGUACGACUUAAUCAUUCCUAAAUUGGUCAACGUUAUCAACAGAUUGUCUGAUUUUGCCUUGAAAUACAAGGAUUUGCCAGUUUUGGGUUGGACUCAUUUCCAGCCUGCUCAAUUGACCACCUUGGGUAAGAGGGUUACACUAUGGAUUCAAGAACUACUAUGGGAUUUGAGAAACUUUGUUAGAGCCAGAAACGAUAUUGGUUUACGUGGUGUCAAAGGUACCACUGGUACUCAAGCCUCAUUCUUGGCGCUUUUCCACGGUGAUCAUGAUAAAGUUGAAGCUCUAGACAAGAGAGUUACCGAGUUAUUGGGUUUCGAUACCGUUUACCCAGUCACCGGUCAAACUUACUCUAGAAAGAUUGAUAUUGAUGUUUUGUCUCCACUAUCUUCUUUUGCUGCUACCGCUCACAAGAUGGCUACUGAUAUUAGAUUGCUUGCUAACCUAAAAGAGAUGGAAGAACCAUUUGAAAAAUCUCAAAUUGGUUCCUCCGCAAUGGCGUACAAGAGAAACCCAAUGCGUUGUGAACGUGUUUGUUCAUUAGCUAGACACUUGGGCUCUUUGUUCAGUGACGCUGUGCAAACUGCCUCUGUCCAAUGGUUCGAAAGAACUUUAGAUGACUCUGCUAUCAGAAGAAUCUCGUUGCCAAGUGCAUUUUUGACUGCUGAUAUUCUAUUGUCCACUUUGCUAAAUAUCUCUUCUGGUUUGGUUGUCUAUCCAAAGGUCAUUGAGAGAAGAAUCAAGAGUGAAUUGCCUUUUAUGGCAACCGAAAAUGUUAUUAUGGCUAUGGUGGAGAAGGGUGCUUCCAGACAAGAAGUUCAUGAAAACAUCAGAGUUCUUUCUCAUCAAGCAGCCGCAGUCGUGAAAGAGGAAGGUGGUGACAACGAUCUAAUUGAACGUAUCAAGAACGACAGCUUCUUUGCGCCAAUUCACGCGCAAUUGGACUCCUUGUUGGAACCAUCCACAUUUGUGGGUAGAGCUCCUCAACAAACUGAAAAGUUUGUUAACAACGACGUCAAGAGCGCUCUAGCUCCAUUCAAAGAAUUCAUUAACGAUACUGAUGUUAAAUUGAAUGUGUAG